AUGAGCCUGACCUUCGUGCAGGGCCUUCCUCCUCAAGGCGUUUCGGCGCCGGCUCUUUCGAAGGCCCAGUCGACUCCGAUCAGGAGUGAAGGCCAUGGAAUGUCAACCGGGACUGCCCUCUGCCUCGCCUCUGCCGGCGCGGUCGCCGCCCGAAGCCGAGGGAGGAAAACAGCUAUCAAGGCGGAGUCUCGCACAAGGACGGUAAACCCUGCCAACAACGAGCCGGAGGAUCCGACAGACUUCCCCAAGCCCCCGAUGAUCGACAAGACGGACAACUACUUGGAGGGAGAGGCGCUCUCAAGCAAGAUUGCCGGCCUCAAGGGCAAGGGUGAGUCCAAGACGGUCGCGAUCAUCGGAGGCGGUCUGUCAGGCCUUGCGUGUGCCAAGUACCUGGUGGAUGCUGGCCACAAGCCCAUCGUCUUAGAAGCGCGUGACUGCCUGGGUGGCAAAGUCUCCGCAUGGCAGGAUAAGGACGGCGACUGGGUUGAGACAGGCUUGCAUAUCUUCUUCGGCGCUUAUCCGAACAUGAUGAACCUGUUCAAAGAGCUCGACAUCGAAGAUCGGCUGCAGUGGAAACGUCACCAGAUGAUCUUCGCGAUGCAGGAGCUGCCUGGGGAGUUCACGACCUUUGACUUUCUCGAGGGCAUCCCGGCGCCUUUCAACUUUGGUUUGUCCAUCCUCCUGAACCAGAAGAUGCUCACGCUUCCCGAGAAGCUGCAGACAGCUCCGGCCCUUCUGCCGAUGCUGGUUGAAGGCCAAAAGUUCAUCGACCUGCAGGAUGAGCUAUCUGUCUUCAAUUUCAUGGAAAAGUACGGAAUGCCUGACAGGAUCAACACCGAGGUGUUCAUUGCCAUGGCAAAGGCGUUGGACUUUAUCGACCCGGAGAAGCUCUCAAUGACCGUGGUGCUCACGGCCAUGAACCGGUUCCUGAACGAGACGGACGGCCUUCAGAUGGCUUUCCUGGAUGGCAAUCAGACGCUGCGACUCUGCGAGCCCAUGAAGCAGUAUAUCGAGGCAAGGGGUGGCCAGGUGCUGCUGAACAAGCCUCUGGCCAGUAUCGAGACCAACGAGGAUGGCUCCGUGAAGCACUUCCUCAUGCGCGACGGUGAGAAGGUGGUUGCAGACGAGUACAUCACCUCCGUCCCGUGCGACAUCAUGAAGCGCAUCCUUCCAAAGGCCUGGUCCACGGAUCCAUUCUUCCGGCAGAUCGACGAGCUGGAAGGCAUUCCAGUAAUCAACAUCCAUCUCUGGUUUGAUCGUAAGCUCCUCAACGUGAACCAUCUCUGCUUCAGCAGAAGUCCGCUCCUGUCUGUGUAUGCGGACAUGAGCACAUGCUGCAAGGAGUACGAAGACCAGGACAAGUCGAUGCUAGAGCUGGUCUUUGCUCCCUGCUCGCCAAUCGCAGGUGGCAACACAAACUGGAUGGGCAAGAGCGAUCAGGACAUCGUCGACGCCACCAUGAAGGAAUUGGAGCGCCUUUUCCCCACCGAGAUCGGCCCGCAUCUGCCCGAUGGCGGUGCAAAGCUCAUCAAGCAUGCUGUGGUGAAGGUGCCUCGAAGUGUCUAUGCUGCCAUUCCGGGUCGCAACAAGUUCCGACCGUCCCAGGAGACACCAAUCAAGAACUUCACCCUGGCCGGUGAUUGGACCAGCCAGAAAUUCUUGGGCAGCAUGGAGGGUGCUGUUCUCGGCGGGAAGCUUGCUGCGGAGGUUGUCGCUUGCAGAGCAGCUGGCGAGCCCACGAAGGGCCUGAAAGCGAUUGACGAAUCCAUCCUGGCGAAGAAGGACGAGUUCGUGCCCAAGGAUCCAAUGGGCGUCAAGGGGAAAACGCCCAUCGCUUUCGGUGGUGGCGAAGUCCUGGGAUCCAAUUUCGAGGACAAGCUGAGAAACCAGGAGGCUGUCUUGCUGGAGAAUGCUUGA